AUGUCUAAUCCAGCCGAGCCUGGCGGGACACUGCCUCAGCUACACCAGGUCCAGCUCCUUGAUACGAUCGAUAGACUCCGUACCCUCGGUGUCGGCGAGCUCGUUAGUUUGCCACAGAUGAUUGUCUGUGGUUCCAAGUCCAACGGCAAACGCUCCAUUAUUGAGGCAAUUUCUCGCGUGGGAUUUCCAGUGAAGAAUGAUCUUUACACUGGGUUUGUUACAGAGAUAAUACUACGCCGCCGUCCAACAACCUGCUUUAAAGUGAGCAUCGAACCUGGCCCGUCCAAGAAAAGCGACAAAGAUCUCCAGAGAAUCAAGGCUUUCGAGUCCACUGCUCAUCCCAAUACUGAGCAGUCAGCAUCACUGAUUGGGAAAGCUAUGGAAUUUCUUGGACCUUCAAUUGAGAAUGGAUUCACUGACGAUAUCAUCAAAGUCGAGGUUUCUGGACCCGAGCACCCAGACCUGACCCUUAUCGAUAUGCCUGGGCGCUAUUUUACAGAAGGCACGGGUGACAGAAGUCGUGCAAAGGAUCCUACCCUUCUUCACAUGGAAAAAUACAUGCUGAAUGCGCGCAGUAUCAUUCUCCCGGUGGUAUCGGCAAAAAUCGACAUUUGUGUCCAGAAGAUCCUCGAUUUUGCAGACAAAUAUGACAGAGAACGAAAGCGGAUUAUGGGGAUUGUUACUCACCUCGAUACACUCGAAGCAUCAUCAGACGAGGAAAUGUUAUGGCAGAAGGCUAUCAAAGACACAACCUCCGAAUUGCCGAUGGGGUUACAUUUAGUGUGCACCCGAUCGUACGAGACACGCGAUGUGCCAGACGACGAAAGAGAUGAGAGGGAGAAAGAAUUCUUCGAGCGAGGAGAUUGGAAAACCGUGGGAAGACAAUCCACAGGGACUAGCAACCUGCGACGUCGACUCAGCACUCUCCUUGUGAAUCAUGUCCAGAGCAACCUUCCUGGCCUGAUUUCUGAAUUCGACAAAAUCAUUAUGAAAAACCAAUCGAGACUAGCUAAGCUCAGUGUUCCUCGACAGACUAUCGAUCAACAGAAAGCAUUACUUUUCAAUCUGAGCAGUGCUUUCCAGCGCAUAACCGAACAAGCACUGAGUGGCAUGUACACUGACAACUUCUUUGCUACAUCGGUGGAUGGGGAUGGAGCUAAAUCCAAGUCUCACGACCCUCGACGUCUUCGUGCUGUCAUUCGUGACUUGAACGAGGAUUUUGCAGAUAUUAUGGAAAUUGCCGGGUGUCGUCAAUUCAUUCAUGGAGUCAACAACCAGAUAAUGUCGUUACUACACCCUUGCAACCCUUAUUCAAAUAUCAGACAGCCGGUUCACAGAAGCCGGUCAGAGUUCGAACUUGAGGUCAGUGAGCAAAUGCGCCGCGAUCGAGGAAUUGAACUUCCAGGGAGUGGAAAUCAGCUACUAGCGGGUAGCCUAUUCCGGGACCAGUCGCGACCCUGGGAGGAGAUUGCUCGAGUCCAUCUGAUGAAAUCAUGGGAGUACGCCCUGGACUUUGUGACCCUUCUGUUGAACCAUCUUGCGGAUGAACGCACGUCUGUGGUGAUAAUGCGGACCAUCAUUUGCCCCCAGUUUGACAAAAUGGAAGAAGACCUACUGAUAAAGCUACUUGAGCUGACUACUUAUUACAAGCGAGGCCACCCAAUGCCUAUGAGUCGAAGCUUUCUUCGAGGUCACCCAUUGCCUCUUGAUCGAAGCUUUGUUGCCAGGAUACAGAAAUCCAGGAAUGAUCGACUGCUGGACAACCUCCAACAGAUGUUUCCUUCGAUUCCGAACAAUAAUUUCAAUAUUGAAGCGCUCAAGGUGGCUACUCAGCAUGUGGAUUCAUCAAGUAAUCAGUCUACAGCCUCGGACAUUGUUGACCAGAUGCAGGCAUACUACAACAACGCGCUUCUAAUCUUCAUGGACAACGUUGCAACUCUCGGGAUCGAAAAUUGCCUUCUCAGCCCUCUGGGUGAUGUCUUGACAACCCAAACAAUCACCAACAUGGAGAACAAGCAAAUCGAGGAACUAUUCGCUGAUGUGCACGAUGGUGUAAAGAAAUCGCAUGAAGGCCUGGCUCACGAACUAGAAAAUUUGCUGGCUGGAGUGCGAGCAUUGACGAAAUUCAUCGUUGCGAAGAAAGCCACACCAUUUACUGGAACAAUCAAGGAUUCUGGAACAGUCUCGGCUCAUGGAUGCCCAUCCCCUCAAUUGUUCCUCAUGCCUCAAGGUAUUUUAUGCAGUGGUGCAUCUUCCAACCCUUUCGGAGUAUUAUGCAUGGAUUCUACACUUCGAGGCCCGAACGACACGCCCAGGUACCAACUUUCGUGGCCCUACAACUCGGCAUCCGACAAGCAGGGCUCAAUCUCACUUUGCCCCAGUGGUCCAUUUGGCUUGAACUUCAGUACGGUCAAUCCAGGGGUGACGGGUUCGCCAUCUGUAUCUUUCCCAACUGCGAACCCUGAGCCAAGCCCUCGUGAUUCCAAUGCACCUGCGUCCUUUAAGGCUGUACUUCCCAUUCGAUCGACACUCCAACCUGGCACUUUCUGGUCUUCACUGGUUUCCCCUACACCAGAUACCCGUUGUUAUGAUCGGAAUUGGUAUUGGGAGGAGAAGGAUGUCCAUCAUGGUAGCAUCAUGACCAAUCGAUACUAUUCGAUAUGUUACCACGAUAAGUUCAAAUCUUAUUCACCAGAGGAGUUGCGACUGGCUGGCUACCAGCUCAGCAUGACGUUUAACGGCGUCUUACCGGCCGCCAAAGGAACGAAGAGACCACCAGCUUUCCCUUGA